UGUGUCACUUCAUCCACAGCUCCGACCCGCAGACGGCGAGAUGGAUUCUGUCAAGUGGCCGAUGCUUUUCGUGUGCCUUUGCUUUAGAGUUACUCAAACUAUAGAUCCAUCUUGGAAAGUUACGGUGCCAUCCUCAGUUAAAGGUCUCCCCGGAUCCUGUGUGGUCAUCCCCUGCUCGUUCAACUACCCAGAUACAGACAAACGGAUCACUGCGUUCUUGGGGAUGUGGUUCAUCGCUGGUGGUUCAUCGAUCAUUUAUCACCCAGACGAGUCGAAAAUGAUCAAGGAGUUUCAGGGUCGAACAGAGCUGCUGGGAGACGUGAGACAGAAGAACUGUUCACUAAAGAUUGAUCCCCUUAAAUCAAGUGACAGCGGGCCUUUUUUUUUCAGGAUUGAAAUGGAAGGCUAUGACAAGUUUUCCUACAGAGAGCAGACAUCCAUCACAAUGAUGAGUGAACUGAAUGACAUCACUUUCACCGUGAAGGAGGAUUUAAUGGAGGGUCAAACUGUGGUUGCGUCCUGCUCUGUUCCUCACUCCUGCCCAACUUCACCACCUGACUUCACCUGGAGUCUCCCCGGAAAACAACAUUUCCAACCACGGCAGCUGGUCGAUGGCCAGUGGACAGCGACAUCUACUCUGCAUUUCCUCCCUACCAGAGCUGAUCACGACAAGCUCUUAAGAUGCAACGUGACAUACAAGGGAGGGCAGAGCCAAAAAGCAGAAAAGCUCCUCAGAGUAAAACAUGCCCCAGUGAAUGUGAACGUUGAACACAAGUCAGAUGUAACGGAGGGAGAAGCGGUGCCACUGAGCUGCUCUUGUGAUGCUCACCCUCCUGCCAGCUAUCAGUGGCACGAUGAAACCGGUGCUAAACUGCAUGACGGAAAUGUCUACAAGCUGCCAAAUGUCUCCAGACACACAGGAGCCCUGUUCUGUACUGCCAUCAAUGACAUAGGACAAAGAAAAUCAAACCCCGUGCUGCUCAAUGUGUUGUAUAUGCCUGAGAUCAAGACUGUCUCCUCCUGCUCUUCAGAGGCACAUAUGGUGAAGUGCGUGUGCAUUGCAGAGUCCCAGCCCGUCAGUAUGAUCCAUUUUGUGCUUCCUGACAGAGUCCUGCCAAGAGUGAAGGUAGAACAACAUGGCACCGUCACCAUCGGAACUCUGCAUGCAGAGUUUGGAUCUUCUCGUGUUGUUCUCUGUGUGGCCAACAACACGCUUGGCAAUGCAAACAUAACACUCUCUUUACCUGUUAACAGUACGAUGCAGAAUCUCUAUAUUGUCAUUGCUUCUGGAGCAGCCGGGAUUUUGGUGACGGUUUUAAUAGCUGUCCGCGUUUUUAAAAAAUGCAAGAGGAAAUCUGCUAAUGCACAAACACGUCACAUCGUCCCUGAGAAGACGGACAAAGACGUGGCGCUCCCUCACUGCUCUGCUACUAAAAGAAAAGAGAAGCGUUAUGAAGAUGUACAUUCUGCUGACAUCUUUGACAACAAUCAUGUCUAUGGCAACAUGGAGACUGACUGCGAUGAAGCAAUCUACGCAAAUAUGUAACUUUGUUAAAUUCAUUGGAGGAACAGUUGCAGUCCCUCUGUUGCCAACUGAUGUGCGUCAGGAAGCUGUCAACAUAUUAUAACCCUCUUCUGUCUGUAUGUCAAGUGACAUUUUUCAGUCUUCAAUAACUCAAACUAAUUCUUGUUCCUUUAAAAAAAUAAAAAUUAAAAAACUAACCUUUCCCUGACAGCUUGUUCUAUCAUCGGUAACAUAUUUUUGUUGUGACAAAUCAUCAUGACACGACUUCCAAAUCAGGUGUGAAAACGCCUCAUUAUUAAACAGUAGCAAUCACCCAAAAUAACAUGUGCUGCCUUUAUUUAGCAAUAAUUUGCAUUCAAAUAAAGAAAUAUAGAGAGAUAGACGACUUCUAACACUUCAACAUAUGGUGAACAACUAUAAUUAUUGCUUGUUGAUUGUCUUUGUUUAAUCCCUUGAAAGUGAAACCUCAAAAGUGCCCUGGAACAUUGUAUGAUCUGAUGUAAUCAAAAAUAUAUGAAUAUAUAAUUAUA